GUCGGAUCUACCGUAGCUGUGGACCUGCGAGUUGAGCGUGCAUGCACGCCAAGCCGGCGGCAUUUUUUUCCGUUUCGCCGCGGAGGUGAUGCUCGAACUUUGUGAGAGCGACCAGGAGCGCCAUCAGUCGACCCCUUCAGCCGCCAUUGUCGCCCCGCCCGCGGCUGUCGCAUCGCCAUGGCCCUCCGACGGCAGAGUCUGUCGCCGACAGCCAACCUGCUCCGCAACUCGCGCCUCUUUUCCCUGCCGAACCCCCUCCCAAAGCCGCCCGUCACCGAAAGCUACGGCGCCGGCACCCAGAAGAUUUCCGACACGGCGACACUCCCCUUCCCGACCCACCAGGCCAUUGCAACAACACCCAAGUCGCUGGCGCGUGGUGACUGGGGCCUGAAGCGACCGCUGCCCUCACGCUCGCGCAUCGUGCAAAAGGCAAACCCCGUCGUCAAGGUCACGCAGCUGGACACCAUCGAACAUAUUACCGAUUUCGACUCGGCCUCGGACCAUGUGCGGACACGGCAGAAGUUUGAGGAGCUGUCAGUGCCCAUGCUCAAGGGCAUGGCUGCCAUGCGUGAGCAAGCUUUGGGGGUGGCAGCGUCCGGUGCUUUCGACCGUCGCUCAGACAUGACAUCGUAUGAGGAGGACGAAGGCCUUGACGAGGCUGGUGUGAUCUUGGAAGCGAUCAAAAAGAGCGUGGCCGCGAACAAUGCCAAAGCCAAGAAAACCUUCGUGCCCUUCAACCUGCCGCAACCCGACAUGGCCCGCCACAACGCCCGCCGCUGGAAGCACGAAGGCCCGUGGCUUCCCGGCAUGAGCGCCGACGAGUUCACCAAGUACAUGACCGAGCAGUUGUCCCGCCGAAAGGCCGAGUUCAACAAAUACUUGCGCCACUAUGUAAAGAACGAAAUCUACACCUCGCGCCAGGUCGCCUCGCGCAACAAGACACCCGAGAACCCUCUCGAUCUAGACGCCCACCUCGCCCAGCAAGAAGACCCGGCCUACAUUGCCUCGCAAGAAAAAGUCUGGGCCAAGAUCUCGCACGAGGAAAUCCAAGCUGGCAUUCACAAGCUCCGCGCCGAAGCGGCCGUCAACCCGCUCCAGUCCAAGCUCGUCCAGCGCCUCAUCGUCCCCUUCCUCCGCAUCCCCACCAUCAAGCUCAAAGAUACCACCUUCUCCGCUGACGCAAAAUCCGACGACGCCGUCCGCUACCGCUUCGACGACGACGUCGCGCCCCUCUCCACUCACCCCUCCGCGGGGCUCGGCUACCUCCGCACCAACGCCGUCGUGUCCAACCACCCCAUCCUCGGGCCGCAGAAGGAGCGCGCACCCGUGCAGGCCCGCGUCAUCGAGUCCCGCACCGCGAGCCGCUCGACGACGGCGAAGCUCGGAGUCGCAGGCUUCGUCACCAACGACGAGUUUGUGUCGACUGGCGAGCGCAAGAGCUACCGUUCCAACGAGGACCCCGCGUACGACAUCGACAUCCACACCCCCGGCGGCGCCAAGAUCAACGUCCUGCCGCGCUACGCCUCCGUCACCAACAACGGCCGCGUGCACAUCAAGCUUGCACGCAGCGUCGGCGCCGAGGUCCAGGUGGCCCGCGGCGAGCUCGAGGACCGCCCGCCUGUGCGCAGUUCGCUGGAGAAUCCGGAAGAUCUGCUGAGGGGCUUGGCGAGCGGGUCGAGCGGCACGGAGCUCGACGAGCAGAGUCCGCAGGCGAAGCAAUUCAUGCAGUCGUUAGGGGAUGUAGCGAGGCCGGCGAGGCAGGCGGGGAUCAAGGGGGCGGGCGUGGUACAGCAGGCAAGCCAGAGGGUGGAGAGAAGGUAGUGAGCGUAGCGAACGCAGUAUAGUGUGGCACAGUACAUUGUUGUAUGAUAAGCAGAGUGGGAAUGGGAAUUGUGCAUGUAGGCAUAUAGACAUUGUAUACC